AUGAGCAAAUUCUGGCCCAAGAAACCCUUCUCCAUCGCCAUUGUUGGUGGUGGGCUCGCCGGUCUCAGUUUGGCCAGAGGUCUCCUCCGCCGCGGCGUUAGCUGCCAGGUGUUCGAAGGUGCCCCUGCGUUCGCUGAUAUUGGAGCCGGACUCAGCUUUGCUGUGAAUUCCAUCGAGGCGCUCAGAUUGGUCGAUCCAGAGUCAUAUGAAUGCUUUGUCAAGCGAUGCAAUGAGAUGUCAGAGAAGGAAGAUGUAUACAUGACCUACCGCGACGGAAAUGCAGAAGACAACCACGCACUUACGACAUUGUUCUGCAAAGGCUCUGGACAGCAAGCCGUGCACCGCACACUGCUAGUCAAGGAUAUGGUGGCCCUGAUGCCCGAAGGCACAUGGCAUAUGGACAAGAGAUUGGUGUCCAUCGACGAGAAUCCGUCCGGCGGAGUGACCUUGACCUUUGACGAUGGCACAAUGUUUGAUGCAGACGCAGUGGUGGGCGCCGACGGUAUCAAAUCCAGAACUCGACAGCUUCUCUUGGGAGAAGACAAUCCCGACGCCAAGCCCAAGUACUCUGGAGAGUUCGGAUACCGCAGCCUCGUCCCGAUGGACAAGGCUGUGGAUGUUUUGGGCGAGGACUUCGCAAAGAACGGCAAUGUCAAUAUCGCCGAUGGCGCCUUGACCACAACAUAUCCAGUCGAAAAGGGAACUAUGCUCAACGUUGUGGCUGCCCGUGACCAGCCCACGUGGGACGAUGCAAAUUGGGUUGUCCCUGCCAACAAGCAGAUGGUCGAGGAAGAGUUCAAGAGCACCGGUCCCCAGAUGCAAAAGGUUGUUUCGCUCCUAGAAAAUCCUCAGAAAUGGUCCCUGUGGCAUCACCCGGCUGCCGACACCUUUUACCGAGGGCGCUUCUGCAUUAUUGGCGAUGCUGCUCAUGCAGCCACUCCUCACCAGGGAGCCGGUGCAGGCCAAGCGUUCGAGGAUGCCUUGGUGCUCGCCAAACUCCUCGCCGACGAGAAUAUCAAAACGGCUGACGACAUCGAGCAAGCAUUCGCGGCGUUUGACGCCAUUCGUCGCCCACGUACUCUGAAGAUUGUCGAUACUAGCCGCGAAAACGGUGAAAUCUGCAUGAAGAAGGGUGAGACGACAGGGACCGAUUUGCAAAAGAUCAAAAACAACCUGGACAAGAGGUUCGAGUGGAUCUGGUACGACGAUCUCAACGGCCAGGUUGAUGAGGCCAAGGACAAGUUGAAGGACUUGAAAGGGCCGGAAAACUUCGACGUAGACACAAGAACUCCUUCACAGCGGGGGCUUUUGGAUGAGUCGACCGUUGAGGCCACGUACCGGCCUGCGAUCCUCAGGAAUGAGAGCUUGUCCCAAAUGGGUACCAUGGCUACGUCGAGCGUGAUGGUCUGA